AUGGGAUUCAAAGUCCCAGCUCGCAUAGUGCUUGCAGCUUCUCAGGCCACGCCAGGUCACUCCAAAUCCUUUUCUUCGAGGAUCUUGAAUCCUCAAGAUGGUCCUAUAGAUGAGGAAUCUUACAGUCUCCGGAUCUCAACACGAGAACUCCCAGCUGGAAUUUUCGACGAAGAGCUUUUUGCCAGAUUCACCAAAGGCGCUUUUGGAGGAUGGAUCUUGACACCGGAAAGGUGGAUUGCCCCUUUGAUACAGCGUUCUAUUCACUAUGAAUUGAUUUUGGCCAUCAAAACCUCUAGUUCAGACCCAUCAACACCUCCUAUCUGGAAGUUGGAUUCGCUCUCCCGGGAUACUUUCCCUCCACUGGGAAGUACCCUCUUCGGACUAUUCAUCCUAUUCGACACUAGUCUUGCUGCCUCACAUCGCUUCGAGGUCACUCGGAAGUACAAGGACGGGGAAGAUCGAGUUAAAAUGACCUUCUCUCAUAUAAGAAGCGACCCCAGAGCCGGUGGCAAGUCCAUACCGAGCUGGUUCGUGUGGUUUCAUGUCUUGUGUUCUGGGCUGCUUUUUGCCGACGGAAUCAGAAAAGUUAUAUAUACUUAG